AGCUAAUAAUUCACCCACACCCACUCUGUUUAAUUUAGCAACAUUGCAUAAAGUCAGACGUGUCCUUGGAGUUCACAGACAUUUGUACAUACUGAUUUAAUUUGCAGUCAUGUUCAAUGACGUUUGGCGAUAUCUUUUGUAUUUUCAUGCUUUUGUUCAGCAGAUUUUUGCUCCCUGUAAGAAUCGAGAGCAGCUGGCUGUGAACUCGCUCGACCUGCACCAGUUUGCGGGGAAAUGGUUCUUCAAGGCGGCCGUCAGUCCCCGGGACUCAGACAUCUUCAGGUUCAAGAUGUUUGACAACAUCGUCUUCACCCUGGAGGACACGUCCAACACCACUCUGGUCAUGACUGGAAACAUGCGGAUGGGAGACGACUGCAUAAAGCGGAACUGGACGUAUCAUGUGCAGCCGGGGAGAGAUGACCUGGUGCUGGAAGGGAGGCCACAGCGCCGUAAUCUGCUCUGGAGCGGCAUGUGGGCCAACUGCCGAGACUGCAUCGUUUUCCAGGAACUAGAGCCUCCACUGAAAGAGACCGACUCUGAGGAUUCCCUCAACAGAUUCCUGUUGUACAGUCGGCAGAAGGAUGUCGACUCGGAGAUGUUGACGACGUUUCUUAGGGACUCGGCUUGCAAUGGCCUGACAGCGAACGUCACACUACUUCAUGAGAAAGAGUUUUGCAUCUAGACGUGAGUCCAGGUCGGCUUCUACCAGCUGCUGAGUCGCUUCCCGCUCAGUGAAACCACAGCAUCUAUCUCAUUUCUUACACGAAGCUUUGGGAGAUCUUGGGUCUUUGUAACUGGGAUCAUUUUGUCUCUCCUGUGCAACACUAAAGUGAACCAGAAGGCCUCAGAAAGCAGCUAUGAUUUUGCUAAACAAGGCAAAGCCAAACCCAUCCAUAGGUUUCAUUUUCAGAGCUGCAGCUGCUGAGGCGGGAAGACCCGACAGAACCCACCAUCAAUAAAAACCCAGGAAAUCCCAGCAGCCAGAAAUACCUGAUCACCUGCACAGGAAGGGGCAGUUUGUGUUCUCAUAUAAAUAUUUUACUUUAUUCUUUUGAUUUUAUUAAUGAGAAGCUGUGACUCUCAUCGUCGGAUGAAUAUUUCCUUCACAUUUCUCUGAAUAAACAAAACUUUCAUCUUGA